UAAAAAGAGAAUCCAAGACAGAAAUAGGGAGAAAGGGAAGAGUGACUCUCCCCAAACAAGUACUUACAGACACACCACCUCCAACCAAAAUGCUUUUUCUAAACUUUAUACCACCUUUAAUCCAUUGAAGAUAGAGCCACACACCAACUUACCAAUUUAUAUCAAUAAUCACACCCAUCUCUCUCUCUCUCUCUCUCUCUCUCUCAACACACAGCUCAAAACCAAGAGCAAAAAAAAAAAAAAAAAAAAAAAAGGAGAACUAAAUUUAGAAACACCCCCCACCCCCACCCCCACCCUGCUGCUUUGGAGACUGCAAGUGCAAGCUUGUUCCCAACUCUCAAAGCUCUCCUUCUCCAAUAUUCUAAAUUAAAAUCUCUUUCAUUCUCUGCUCACUCCCCACAACCCCAUAAAACAAAACCCACAUGCUCCUCCAUUUUCUUCAACUUAUCUACUAUCAACACACCCAUCUUCAACCAUCAAUCAAUCUUCAUUUUCUCUCUUUAUUUCUCUCAGACAUAUACACAAACACAUUCUUCUGAUUUGUUAAGAAAACAUGAUCAGUCUAUCAGACUUCUACCAUGUCAUGACAGCAGUUGUUCCACUUUAUGUGGCCAUGAUUUUAGCUUAUGGCUCUGUGAAAUGGUGGAAAAUCUUCUCCCCUGACCAAUGCUCCGGCAUAAACCGAUUCGUCGCGCUUUUCGCCGUCCCUCUUCUCUCCUUCCACUUCAUCUCCACCAAUGAUCCUUACACCAUGAACUUACGGUUCAUCGCGGCGGACACCCUCCAGAAGCUGAUUGUGCUGGCAGUGCUAGCUGUGUGGAGUAAGGUGAGCAAAAGGGGUUGUUUGGAAUGGACUAUUACACUCUUUUCAGUUUCCACUCUCCCAAACACUCUGGUCAUGGGCAUUCCUCUGCUCAAGGGCAUGUAUGGUGACUUCUCUGGUAGCUUAAUGGUCCAAAUUGUGGUCCUUCAGUGUAUCAUAUGGUACACUUUGAUGCUCUUCAUGUUUGAAUACAGAGGCGCAAAGUUGCUCAUCUCUGAGCAAUUCCCAGACACUGCAGGCUCAAUUGUCUCCAUCCACGUUGAUUCUGAUGUCAUGUCAUUGGAUGGAAGACAAGCCCUAGAGACUGAAGCAGAGAUCAAAGAAGAUGGUAAAUUACAUGUUACUGUGAGAAAAUCCAAUGCUUCAAGAUCAGACAUCUACUCAAGGAGGUCUCAGGGCUUGUCGUCGACGACGCCAAGGCCGUCGAAUCUCACCAAUGCAGAGAUAUAUUCUCUGCAGUCUUCUCGGAACCCAACUCCAAGAGGGUCAAGCUUCAAUCACACAGAUUUUUACUCCAUGGUCGCCGGUGGCCGGAAUUCUAACUUCGGUGCAUCAGACGUUUAUGGGCUUCCGGCGUCGAGGGGACCGACGCCGAGGCCGUCUAACUACGAGGAAGAGGGUGGCAAUGUGAAUAAAUCAAGAUUUCAUUACCACGCGCCGCCACCGCCCGGGAAUUCGCAUUAUCCGGCGCCUAACCCGGGGAUGUUUUCUCCCACAGGGGCAUCCAAAGGGGUUGGGGCUAAUGCAGCAGCCAAGAAGCCUAAUGGACAAGCUGUGCAGAAGGCAGAGGAAGGUACAAGAGAUCUGCACAUGUUUGUUUGGAGUUCAAGUGCAUCUCCUGUUUCUGAUGUGUUUGGAAGCCAUGAAUAUGGAGGAGGCCUAGACCAGUCUGCUAAGGAAGUCAGAGUUUCUGUCUCUCCAGGAAAAGUGGAGGCUCACAGAGACAAUCAAGAGGACAAUUACAUGGUGGAGAGAGAUGAUUUUAGCUUUGGUAAUAGAGGUUUAGAGAGAGAAAUGAACAACCAUGAAGGUGAUCAACAUCAAAAAGGUGGAGGUGGAGAUGGGAAAGGCAAUAAGGCCAUGCCUCCAACAAGUGUAAUGACAAGGCUUAUAUUGAUCAUGGUUUGGAGGAAACUCAUCAGAAAUCCCAACACUUACUCAAGCUUGAUUGGCCUUACAUGGUCUCUGGUUUCAUUCAGGUGGAAUGUUGAGAUGCCUGCCAUAAUAGCAAAGUCCAUUUCCAUACUGUCUGAUGCAGGACUAGGCAUGGCCAUGUUCAGUCUAGGUCUGUUCAUGGCUUUGCAACCGAGGAUCAUAGCAUGUGGGAAUUCUAUUGCAGCUUUUACUAUGGCCGUCAGAUUCCUUACAGGUCCAGCUGUCAUGGCAGCUGCUUCCAUUGCUGUUGGACUUCGUGGAGUCCUCUUACACGUUGCCAUUGUACAGGCUGCUCUACCACAAGGAAUUGUACCCUUUGUCUUUGCCAAGGAAUACAAUGUACACCCUGACAUUCUUAGCACAGGUGUCAUAUUCGGGAUGCUAAUCGCGUUGCCAAUCACACUUGUCUACUACAUUCUGCUUGGGCUAUGAAGAGGAAUUGAAAUUAAUGUUCAGAAUCAUGGAAAUGGAACUCUUGCUAGCUCGAGAAAGAAGAGAGACAAGAAACAUGGUGGAUCAAGGAAUUGGAAAUGGAAAUGGAAAUAUCAAGAAAGAAGAGAAGAAAUAGAACCAAAACGAUUUGAAUCCUUUUUUUCUUUUCUUUUCUUUUUUUUUUAUUUUUUUUUUAUUUUUUAUGAAUUGUCUUUCCUAGUAAAGUUGUAAAAUGGUGUUUGUAGUCAGUUAUUAGGAAAAGAAAAUCUCUCUAGUUAAUUACAUUUUCUAUCAUUUCUAGUCCAAGAA